UGCAGGGACACGGCUCGACUCUCCUCAUCGCCGUUUUCACUGUCUCCUUUGACAUUUUCAGAGCCUGGUUGAUUCGGUUGCUUGUGUUGAUCCAGAGGAGUGUGUCAAGGUGUGCGGUACAGAAGUGGGAUGCUCCAACAUUGCCUUCCCAAAGUUGGUUAUUGAACUCAUGCCUAGUGGCCUACGCGGUCUCAUGAUCGCUGUGAUGAUGGCGGCCCUCAUGUCCUCCCUCACCUCCAUCUUUAACAGCAGCAGCACUCUCUUCACCAUUGACAUCUGGAAGAAGUACCGCAAGAACGCCAGCGAGCGGGAGCUGUUGCUCGUUGGGAGGAUAGUCACAGUGAUCUUGAUCGUUGUCAGUGUGGUGUGGAUCCCAAUCUUGCAGUCCGCCAACAGUGGCCAGCUCUUUGUCUAUAUCCAGUCUGUGACCAGCUACCUCGCCCCUCCUGUGACUGCAGUGUUUGUUCUUGCUAUUUUCUGGAAGAGAACGAACGAAUCAGAGCUGUGA